CUUGCCUUCUGGCUCAUUAAUCCCAGAGUCAACCAUGGCUACCUCCUGUGUUUGGCUAAUUUCUUUCUUCUCUCUCUUGGUUGGUCAUGGUGUUCUUCAACUUGAAGCCUCCCACAUUCUCAACACCAACCUUGAGAGUCUUCAACCACCUUCACCUAAUCAAACUUACAGAACUUCUUAUCACUUCCAACCUCCCAAGAACUGGAUGAAUGAUCCUAAUGGACCCAUGAUUUAUAAGGGACUUUACCAUUUUUUCUACCAGUACAACCCAUUUGGUGCAGCUUGGGGUAACAUAGUAUGGGCACAUUCAACAUCCGAAGAUCUUGUCAACUGGAUUCCCCAUGAUCCUGCCAUCUACCCGUCCCAUCAAGCCGAUAUCAACGGUUGCUGGUCCGGGUCUGCCACCAUACUUCCCGGGGAAAAACCGGUGUUUCUCUACACCGGUGUAGACCCCAAGAGCCAACAAGUCCAAAACAUAGCCGUGCCCAAAAACAUGUCUGACCCAUUCCUUGUAGAAUGGGAAAAGUCACCCAAGAAUCCACUAAUGGAACCAACAAGCAUGAACAAAAUCAAUGCAAGCUCAUUCAGAGACCCAACCACUGCUUGGUUAGGCCCUGAUGGGAGGUGGAGAGUGAUCAUUGGAAGCAAAAGAGAUCGCCGGGGACUAGCUAUUCUAUAUAGGAGUAAGGAUUUUAUUAAUUGGGUUAAAGCCAAACACCCCCUUCAUUCGGCUAAAGGCACUGGAAUGUGGGAGUGCCCUGAUUUUUUUCCAGUUUCUACUAGCAAUCAAAGUGGUCUGGACACGUCUAUGGUUGGUUUGGGCAUCAAACAUGUGCUUAAACUGAGCCUGGAUGAUACCAAACACGACUAUUACACGAUUGGAACGUAUAACCUUGCCAUGGAUAGAUAUAUCCCGGAUAGUGGAUCCGUGGAUGGCGAUUCUGGCUUAAGAUAUGAUUAUGGAAAGUUCUAUGCUUCGAAAACAUUCUACGACAAUGCUAAGAAUCGAAGGGUAUUGUGGGGUUGGAUUAACGAAUCGUUGUCUGAAGCCGAUUAUGUCAAACAGGGAUGGGCUGGAGUUCAAGCAAUUCCAAGGAGCGUUUGGCUGAGUAAAUCAGGAAAACAAUUGGUGCAAUGGCCAAUUGUUGAGAUUGAAAAGCUACGCACAAACCGAGUUGACUCACCUAGCACUGACCUUAAAGGAGGAUCAGUACAUGAAAUUUCAGGUGUCACAGCUGCACAGGCAGAUGUAGAGAUAUCAUUUAGAGUAUCAGAGUUUAAUAAGGCAGAUGUGAUGGACCCAAGUUGGACUAACCCACAACUUUUAUGUAGCCAAAAGGGUGCAUCAGUUAAAGGUGGGCUUGGACCAUUUGGGUUGCUUGUUCUGGCUUCAAACCACUUGCAAGAAUAUACAGCAGUGUUUUUUAGAAUCUUCAAAGGCCAAAAUAAAUAUGUUGUGCUCAUGUGUAGUGACCAAAGCAGGUCUUCACUCAAUAAGAACCCUGACAAGACCACUUAUGGAACAUUUGUGGAUGUUGAUCCUAUUAAAGAGAAAUUAUCACUAAGAAGCUUGAUAGAUCACUCUAUAGUAGAGAGCUUUGGCGGGGAUGGAAAGGUGUGCAUUUCUUCUAGGGUUUAUCCCACCUUGGCUAUUGAAGGUGGGGCCCACUUGUAUGCCUUCAAUAAUGGAACUCAGGGUGUCACAAUCUCAAAGUUGAGUGCUUGGAGCAUGAAGAAAGCUCAAAUCAGUUGAGGAAGAGAGUCUCCUAUUUUAUGGCGAUUGCUAGAAUUUUUACGGUGUAAGAAGAUCUUACUAGCGAGAUAUGAUGAUGACCUUAUUAUGUUAUAAAUAAACAGUUAGUCCACUAAGAGUGUGAGACCCUAGCCUUCUACUUCUUGCUUCUAUGUAGUGUAAUUGUACUUCUUGCCUUCUAUAAUUGGUGAUCCAAUUUUUAUAGGAGCAAAGUUCUCCGAGCUCAUUCUCAAAACUUACUAGCGUGAUCAAACAAGAUCAC